AUGCUGUUGAUGGCAUACCAUGACCGUGCCCAGGGCACCUAUCUCUCCUCACGGGAGACACAGUGCCUUCGCAAUGCUGCAGAGGGGUUAUUCCAGGAUUGCCAGCAUGAAACUCUUGCAUUCCUGUGCAACAUCAACAACAGUCACUGGACGGCAGAAAAAUGUACCAUGUCUGUGUUCACAAAGAUGAACACGCCUGCAAGAAAUCGUCAACAAGUCCGCACCCUCAUUGAUAUGACACAAUUUCGGCAGUGGCACAUGUAUGAUCCUGAGUCUUUAAUUUCUGCACCUACUAAGUCCCCUGUGGACCGGACAGAAAAGCAUGGAUCAAUAGGGAGCUCUUUAUCCGUGGACACCGCUGAUGGAGAGGAAGAGGUGCUUGAUGAAGAAUACACUUGGCUGGAUGAGGUAGUUGCAUCUGUGCAAGCUCAAGAUUCAGCCUUCGAGGUUGAGGCCGAAGUGGAUAUCCAUGCACCAAUUGUGACAAGGAUCUUGUCAGAUGAAUCCGCCAGGGAGGCCAAGGUCUUGGCUCCAAAGAUGGACAAAGAGCUGUUGAAGGAAAGGAAAUAUUCACCCUUGACAGAGAUACCGACAGUGGUUCCACAAUCACAAGAAGGUCCAGACCGAUUCCAAAGCACCCACCAAGCCAAAAGAGAAAUGGACGGCACGGAAGAAAUUGAGGAAGAGACUGGAGAGAAGCCUGCUCACAAGGAAGUACUGAGGAGGUAUCAGCCGACCAUGACAGCAAUCAUGUACCAGCUGGACAAAAAGGAGUUGCAGGAAGCUGAGGCAAAGGCUGAUAAGUGGACAAAUCAAGCCCCCAAUGCUGCUGUCCAGGCCAAGACAGCUAGGAAGAAGGGUGAAAAAAUGGUCAAGAACUUUGCCAAAGAAAUGUUUACUCAGGCCGGUAUGAGAGUCUUUGUUUUGGGUUCCUGGAAGGAUGAGAAGGGGGGGCUGCUUACAUCUGGGUUUGACUUCAAUGAGCAGCUUAGUAAGGGAUCCAGCUUCAUGAAAGGCAAGGACUAG